CCAGUCAGAGACGGCAAGACAUACUUCAGCGAUUGUCACAUAAAUAUAAUGUUUUUAUCAACGAAGCCGACGGUAUACGCCCUGUGGACUUAACCCUACACCUACAAGUAUUAUAACUCAGUGGGAGAGAUCGUCCCGGGCGACUCCCUGGAGGUGCCAAACGAAGCCGCCAUGUCGGUGACCGUUCACGAGAAUCGCAAAUCCCGCACCAGCACGGGCUCCAUGAACAUCUCGCUGUUCCACAAGCCGUCGCACCCCGACAGCGUCCUGACCCACCUGAACACGCUGAGGAAGCAGUGCCUGUUCACCGACGUCACCCUGUGGGCCGGGGAUCGCUCUUUCCCAUGCCACAGGGCCGUCUUGGCGGCGUGCAGCCGUUAUUUCGAGGCCAUGUUCAGCGGAGGGCUCCGAGAAAGUCUGGACAGCGACGUCAACUUCAGAGACAGUAUACACCCCGAGGUCCUGGAGCUUCUGCUGGACUUCGCCUAUUCGUCUCGAGUCAUCAUAAAUGAGGAGAAUGCCGAGUCGUUGCUGGAGGCGGGCGACAUGCUGCAGUUUCACGACAUCCGAGACGCGGCGGCUGAGUUUUUAGAAAAGAACCUGCACUCCUCUAACUGCCUGGGGAUGAUGCUGUUAUCAGACGCCCAUCAGUGCAAAAGACUGUAUGAGCUGUCGUGGAGGAUGUGUCUGCUACACUACGAGACGGUGAGAGAAUCCGAGGAUUUCUACAGUCUGUCUAAAGAUAAACUGCUGGAGCUCAUCCUUAGCGAUGAGCUGGAAAUAGAAGAUGAACAGGUCGUGUUCAACUCUGUGAUGCGGUGGGUCCGGUACGACCUGGAGGGUCGGCGUCACAAUUUACCAGAGCUGCUGAGGGGCAUCCGGUUGGCUCUGCUGCCAUCCGAGUGUCUGCUGGAGGCCGUGGCCUGUGAGGAGCUGGUCAUGGCUGACAAGAGGAGCAGGUCAAUAGUAGAAGAGGCAAUGCAGUGUAAGAAGAAGAUCCUUCAGAACGACGGGGUAGUGACUAGUCCCUGUGCUCGACCGCGUAAGGCAGGCCACACGCUGCUUAUCCUGGGAGGCCAGACCUUCAUGUGUGACAAGAUAUACCAGGUUGACCAUAAAGCCAAGGAGAUCAUACCUAAAGCAGACCUCCCAAGCCCCAGGAAGGAGUUCAGUGCGUGUGCCAUUGGCUGCAAGGUUUACGUCACCGGAGGAAGGGGAUCAGAGAAUGGAGUCUCUAAAGACGUCUGGAUCUACGACACUGUCCACGAGGAGUGGUCUAAAGGAGCACCCAUGCUAAUAGCCAGGUUUGGCCAUGGUUCAGCUGAGCUGGAGAAUAGUCUCUAUGUGGUUGGAGGUCACACAGCCAUAGUGGGAGUUUUUCCUGCCUCUCCAUCUGUCUCCCUAAAACAGGUGGAGCGGUAUGACCCCCUCAGUAAUAAGUGGACUAUGAUGGCUCCUCUAAGAGAUGGAGUCAGUAACGCAGCCGUGGUCAGUGCCAAACUCAAACUCUUUGUUUUCGGAGGGACAACCAUACACAGAGACAAGGCCUCCAAGGUUGGUGGAUUUGUCCAAUGCUACGACCCCGUGGGUAACCGCUGGAACAUUGCGGCCGAAUGCCCCCAGCCGUGGCGCUACACGGCGGCUGCCGUCUUGGGCAGCCAGAUCUUCAUCAUGGGCGGGGACACCGAAUUCACCGCCGUCUCCGCCUACCGCUUCGACUGUGAAACCAACCAGUGGACCCGGGUCGGGGACAUGACGUCCAAGCGGAUGAGCUGCCAUGCCGUGGCCUCGGGAAACAAGCUGUACGUGGUCGGGGGCUAUUUCGGGACGCAGCGGUGUAAGACGUUGGACUGUUACGACCCCACGUCAGACAGUUGGAACUCCAUCACCACUGUGCCUUAUUCACUGAUCCCCACCGCCUUUGUCAGCACAUGGAAACACCUACCUGCCUAACUGGAAGAACACCAGCAGCCAAUAAUUUCAGGUUGAUUGCCCUCUGAGAAAGGAGGACUGGAGGAGGAGGAUCCUCCGAGACUCCAACCCCUGCGGUCGGCAGCCGGCCGAGGCUGGAGUUCCACACGGGACCAAUCCUUACAAAAAACACAAAUCUGCACCUCACAGACUCUGGAUCAGUGCUGGGCGGCGUGGUGAACAAGCCAACAGGCACAGCACAGGUCUUAACACACACACAAAGAGAGAAUCACUCUCCGUCUGAUGCUUCCUAGAUAAUGUGAUACUCCACAAACAGACACUUGUCUGGUGGACGAAUGCUUUUGACGACCGCUCAUACAAACCUUUGUUUACUUGUUACGGGGGGAGGUUUGUGUGUGUGUUUCUAUAAUGUCUUAUUAGUCAUGAAAUUCACUACUAAAACCAUUCCAGUGUAAAGACAAAAACUCUUAAUUGAUGACAGCAUUAACAUACUCCAGCGGUUUCCCUGAAAAAUACAAAGAAACCCAAAUGAAAUGGUUCCUGUUAACCUGCACCCAGUAAACCUUAUUUCAGGUUGCGCUGCACACACUGACUGUGUUUACUAGUAUUGCUACCACAUGUGCACCAAUAUGGUGUUAAUGAACAGGCUGGGUUUGAGAGUUUUAGAUCCCAUCAUCAAAGAGGAUUUAAAUGGUCUCUUCAUCAUUUGGAAAAGUCUGGCUGAUUCUUUUUGAAAUGUAUUUUUACAAUUACCGGUGGAUCAUCAUAUCAGGUAACUAUCAGUGCACAUCGAGACAAUAUUUGAUUAUUUUUUUAAAUUUGGGAGGUGUAAAUUAAAUAUUCCCGGUGAAUGACUGAAUGUUAUUUGUAGGUUUUUAUUGGAAGCGCUGCAGUUACAUCAGAAAUAUAAAAAAAAAAGUACAGUUAACACAAUUAGUAAAGUGAACAUGUUAACGCUGCAAACACAAAUGUGUGUUAAUUAGGUCGUUAUUGACCCAAAAAAUGUAUCCAUUACUAAAUACUCUGCUCACUUUAUGCGGUGCAAUUGACUGUCCAAAAGUCAAAGCAGUCUUUGAUGUGUUGACUUCCAUUAAUUUUCUCAAAGCUGAGUACAGGGAAUUCUGUAUAGCAGACUGUUUAGUGUGAGAGAAAUGGAGUCCUCCAUGAAGGGUAUAAUCAUUCUCACUAUCCAUUCAGACCGCACUGCAAAACAGCCAACACACUACAUAGCGGGAAAAUGGAAACUCAACACUAGAAAAGUGCACCAAAAAAAACUACAUGUCUUCAAUACUGAUGAAAGUGGUGAAUUAUAAGUUGAAGGAUGCAGUAAAUGGAAGAUGUCGGGUUUUGUCCUGCCACACAUGUAAACACUAAAAAUAUUGAAGGGUGACUGAAGAACGAAUGCUUGUUCUUUAUUAAGAAUUGAACCGUUACCAUAAGAUGACUUGUUGGUUUGCAUUGGACCCGUGGUCACAGUGUCACAAUGACUUCGUCCACUUCUUAUAUACAGUCUAUGACGCUAAUCACGCCAUCUGACUUUAACACGCCGCAUAUACCUUCUGCAGGCUGCAAUACAUCCAUUACUCAUUGGUUAAAUGCUUUUGCAACCGCAUUAAAGGACAAUUGCUUUACGGCAGCUUUUACGAAUUCCACAAGGCUCGUCUCACCUGGGUUUAGAUCUCGGCCCCUCUAUCGCUCCGACAGGUCUGACAAGUUGGUAACCACCUCGACGCAUAAACAUAAUCAUUUCAUCUGUAAGUGUCUCUACUGUCCCAAACAUUUUAUCUUUGGGUCCCAGGUGCUAUUUUUUAUUGUGGACUUUUGAGCACUGCCUUUCAAUUGUCAUGUCAAAGGAUUAUUUUUAGCACACUUUUCUACAAGAGAAGAAAAAGUGGCUGUAACAGUCUUGUGAGGCAGUUAAGUUGGACUUUUGGAACUUGAAACAGAAAUCAUUUCAGUAAAAUUACUAAUUUCAGGCAACCAAUCAACAGUAUACAAAGGACAGCCAAAAUAAUUCCAAUUCUAUAAAAUAAAGAUGUAUCAUCUCUCUAUGCCUCUCACACAUUUCAUUUAAAGUGACAAAAUCAAUGGAGAGCGAUGAAUUGUUUUUCCCUCCGAGUGUGGGUGGGACUUAAUUGUGCUCCGUCUCGAUACAGAAACUAUUGGAUGGUGAUUUUGUUAAGUUCUUGGCAAAGACCUACUCAAACCCGUAGUGUCAACAUAAAAGGACCAAAUAUCUCUCUAGGUCUCAUGUGAGAUGCAGUAACAGAUCUCUGCUGAAGCCUGGACGUGUGCCCAAAAAAACCCUUUUAAAUGACAGGAAUUUUCUUUUCUUUUUGUUUUAUUUACUUUGCUAAGCUCUAAAACAUUUUCCUAUCAUUUCUGUACAUGCAUUUGCUUCCAAAGAAAUACCUUAAAGGCACAGGAAACAUGUGGGAGCAUGAUCUGUGGAUUAAACUAAAAGGCACAAAGGACAGUUGGGAUGUCAAAAGUUGCACAUGCACUCCUUUGUAUUUCCAGGAGCAUGUUUUAGUGUUGAAGGAACACGUGGAAGUGAAAGGCAACAGGGCUGCUGGUGUCGUGUUGGUCAUGGGGAAAGUCUUUUGUUUCGAUACGUCAUUCUAUUUGUUUUUUUUACAGGACGAAGAGCACAGUGUGUCCUGCAGAAACAUCACUGCCAAAGAGCCGUUCAGAAGCUGAACCCUGAACUGAUUUAUAUAUAUUCUUUUAAUUUUUCUGUAACACCUAUGCACUUUUGAUAUUUAUCAAUGCAUUCGUUAGCAGUGGUGUCUUUAUUCCACAGGUGUGGAAUGUUUUCUACACGCUGGAGAUAACGCCAGCUGUCACAAUAUGGAGAAAAAAAGACAGCACAAAAAUGGAUGAACGAGAUUUCUGCAGGACACAGAGAUGCACUCUAAAGUCUAAAACGUGGCUGAUCCGUUGUAUCGUCUCUGUGAUGCGGUAUGUGCCGGUGUUGUGAGUCCGCUGUCUAACAGUGAAAAGAGCUGCCGUGAGGAGGCUGCACAGAGAGCUCAGAAACACUCCACCUGUUCUUCAGAAAUCUGAAGUGAAAGUGUUUUUGAAACAAUAUGGAAAAACUGAAAGGUCUUGGAGAAGGGUAAAAAAAAAGUAGAUGCUGUAUGUUUUUACUGGUGAAAAUAAACAACUCACUUUUUCAACUCUGCGUGGUUCUUGGAUGAGAAGGAUGAUGAACGCAUGUCUCACUUUAGGUCAGAGAACAUUCAUUUAUUAGUGCAAGUAAAACUGCUACUUUUGUUUGUUCGUUAAACCUCUACCUGAUAUGUUUAAGUUUUAUUUGGCCAGUAGAAACAAGUUUUGAAAAUUGACAUAAUUACAUAUCCAGGGGUUACGAAGCACCAUGAUCAUUCAUUUGGAUUUUUUCUCUUUGUCUCCCCCGCGUAUGUUUAACUGGAGUUGCAACACAUCAGAAUACACACAUUUGAUUGGCUGAGUAGCAUCACGUGAUGUGAUUUACAAUGCAUAUAAUUGGUCUGUGUUUCCUGGAGCGUUAAAGUCAAUCUCCCCUCCAUCAAAAGAACCACACAACAUGAGUCGCAUGACAAACACCAUACUCAUUUAUUUAAAGAGAAUUACUGUACAUUUAAAAAACAGGAAGAAGAGAGAUAAAUAAAGCUUUAUUUAUAAUAAAAAAAAUCAUCAAACUAAACAAAAUCCAGUUAUCAGUACUUUGGAAGUUCAAAUUUGUACAUAAAACAUAUUUACAAAAUUUGUUGCUUUGCCCUUUUUUCUUUGUACAUAAAACAAGAAAAAUAAACAUUGUACCUUUUUGUUUUUAGUACAAAUACAUUUCAAAAAGCUCACAGUGCAAAAACUGUAAGGUUUAAUGUGAGUGCGUAAAAUUCCUUGUGAAUGGUUUUAGUAAAAUUCUAGUGCACGCUGAAUGGUAAUGUGGAGGAGGAGAGAGCGGAGCCUCAGACCACCACUAAACUCAUGAUCGUACAUCGUUUCUGUGAUUUUAGCUUAUGUUUCAGGCAUCCAAAAACUGCAGAUUGGGUGUUGAACUGUACAAUGGGAAAACAAUGGAGAACAGCCCUAAACUCAGGAAAGUGAAACCCACUGAAGGACGUCACUCUGGGGGAUUAUCUGGACCAGAGAGGGGGCUGGAUGAUAAGUGUAAAUUAGUAUUUAAAUGAAUCUCCCUCUUUACAGCAGGACUCUGGCUGCCACCAUGUGAACGUGUUGCUGUGAUGUACUCUUACUAAGAAAACAUCACUCGAAUCCUCUGUUCCCUUUAGAUUGAAAUGCAGAACAGUGUUGGAAUAAAGACAAAUGAAAGAAAGGACACCUUGUGGUUUUUGAGAAGGCGAAUAGAUUUGGACUAUGUGCUUGUUAAUCUUUCUAAAGUUUCAGACAGCUGAGGCAGCUGAAUUUAUAGUGCAGCAUUACACCAAAUACUGUGUAUCAGUGGGAUUUUCAAAAUACUACUUUAAUAGUCAGAUACAUAAUUUUAAAAAUACUUGCGGCACAUCACGAUCAAACAUUAAACACAACAAAAGUAAUAAAUUAAAAAGGUUUGCGAUCUUAGAAAAUUAUCUUUAAAUUUGGCAGUUUUGUUUUUUUUGGAUCCAUUUUACAACAGUUCAUCUACUCAAGGCUAGCUUUGUAAUUCAGUCUGACUGGAAUCCCAAUUAGCCAAUUAAUUAAUAUAUAUAUAUAUAUAUAUAUAUUAAAGCAAUUUUUACAUGUAUUGCUGAUAUUUGUAUUACUGAAAAGGGAAGGAAAAACAAAAUCCAUACAAAAUGCUGCUUCUAGCCAACACACCAUGUAAAGAGGCUGGUGCUGCUAAAUGUAGCUUAAAAGCUAAGGACAAACAGUGUUCUGUUAGCGGUGGUGUUAAAGGAUAACGGCUACAUGACUUAACAUGUAAACUGACCCGUGUUUA